ACGAUGGGUUGGGCUCAGAUAUUCAAUCCCAGAAGUGGGAAACAUAAUAUUAUUGACGGUGCCGAACUUGAAGGUUUUAGCAUUGUGGCAUACCUCAAAGAGAACCCGCAGGAGCGAGUGAAAAAAAUUUAUAAAAGAAUUCUUGACAAUGGAAAAACUGUGAAGGUUCAAGUUUUAGCAGCACACGGAAAAUUGGAAGAGUUACAAAAGAUAACGAAUGGGAAGAGGAUUGCCAUUCCCAAACUAAACACUAGUCUGUUCGAUGACAGUAUGCCUCAGGAAGUUGAUGAAGAUGGUGAGGUCAGUGUCAAGAACACAAAAAAAAAAAGAAAGGACAGCAUGAAAAAGUAUAUUGAAUCUGAUGAUUAGGAAAAAAAUGGGGAACCUAGGUGAAUAGUUGAAAUAAUUCAAACAUGGAACCAAGGGAAAAUCGAAUUUAUCAAUACGGAAAAGAUAAAACGAGUAGUCGGAUUUUGAUGCUUUAUUGACGUAAGAUUUUUUUUUUAAUUGUUUAAUAAAAAAAUCGAAAUUAUUCGAAAUUCAACAAAUCCGAAAAUUUUCGAUCAUUGUAGGCGAAAUUAUAUUACGAAAUUCUGAUAGAAUUUGGGGUUUAGAAUGUCUUCUUUUGGUGAAUUGAUAAAUGAAUACACGGUCAUAACAGCCAACA